CUCGCUGGAGGUUAUAUGGCGCCUCCAGCUGGUGGCGGCGCCAUGGAGGGCUGGCUGUGCGCCCUGACCCUGCUCUCGCUGACCUGGCACGCGGCCGGUCACGUGGCGCUCACGUUCCCGCCAGCGCGCAAGUUUGACCUGGACUUCCUCGAUACGUUUCGCACGAAGCCGCCAUGCGGCAUGCCCAAAGGAGAGAUCAAGACCUCGGUCCGAGCCGGCUCCUCGUUCAACGUAUCCUGGCAUCUGGGGUACCCCCACCAGGGCGGCUACAAGCUGGAGCUGCUCGACGCCAACGAGAAGGUCAAGAUGACGCUCACCACCGACGCCGACGAGAAGGGCUACAACGCCCUGGACACCACCGCCCAGACCCAGAGGGUGACCAUGCCGGAGGGGGUUGAGUGCCUCGACUGCUCCAUCCGCCUGAUGCGCCAGGCCAGGGAGUUCGGCGACAAGUACCAGUUCUGGAGCUGCGCCGACGUCGACAUCAUUGGGAACGACUAUCGGGAGGACUGCAACGGCCAUGGGCGCGCCUCGUUCGGCCGGUGCCGCUGCGACCGCCGCUCCUAUGGCGAACGCUGCCAAUUCUCGAAUGAAUGUGAGCAAGACUCACAUUGCGGGACGUACGGCAAAUGCAUAGACCUCGCUGCUACCACCUACCCGAAGAAGCAGUGCUUCUGCAGGCUGGGCUUCUUUGGAAAGGAUUGCGCUCAGAGGAACCCGGCGGGCAUGCGCAAGAAGAUCACCAACUUCGGCCUGUACCAGAAGCGGGAGAUGUCACCCGAGUACACGUUGUACUGGCGCGUGCUGCCCGAAGUCUCAGAGAUCGAGAUGGUGAUGCAGGUGCGCGGCGUCAGCUACGCCGCCGUCGGCUGGCGGCCCGGCAGCCUGGACGCCUCGUGCAAGCGGUUCCCGGCCAUCGAGGAGACGGGGACGGCGUCGGCGCGCAACAGCGGCUCCUACGGGCAGUCCGCGGCUGAGCCCAGCAGCGAGCCCGAGCCCAGCAGUGAGCCCGAGCCCGAACCUGAGCCCGGCAGCGAGCCUGAGCCCGAGCCGAGCGGCGAGAAGCGUCAGACCCAUGGUGAACCAAACCCGACGAGCGAGCCCGAGCCCAGCAGCGAACCUGAGCCCAGCAGCGAGCCAGAGCCCAACAGCGAGCCUGAGCCCAGCAGCGAGCCCGAGCCCAGCAGCGAGCCUGAGCCCACCAGCGAACCAGAGCCCAACAGCGAGCCUGAGCCCAGCAGCGAACCCGAGCCAAGCAGUGAACCCGAGCCAAGCAGUGAACCCGAGCCAAAUAGCGAGCCCGAGCCAAACAGCGAGCCUGAACCCAAGAGUGAACCCGAACCGUCCAAAUCAGACAGAAAACCCAAGCAGGUCAACCUCCCUCGCGUGGGCUAUUACCCAGGCGGUGACUUCCACGCCAUGGACUGCACGGACAUCGUGCUGGGGCGCGCGCGGGGCAACUUUGGCCGCGUCGACGACUACUACACGCGCGACCGCUCCACGCCGCGGCGCGACGAGUUCUGGGGCGGCAGCGGCAGCCUCACCGGCAGCAUGGCCUACGAGGAGGACGGCAUCACCACCGUCGCGUUCCGCCGCAAGCUGGACGCGUCCGAGCCGACCGACCACGCCAUCGAGAAGGACCUGAUGCACGUCAUCUGGGCUCGCGGCCAGCAGUCGGGCGACUACAUGCACCGGCCCAAGUCGGGCCUGGAGGCGGGCAGCUCGUCCGUGCCCAACUUCUACCGGCCGGACGAGGUCAAGUACCACGGCAGCGGGCAGCAGCGCGGCGUGGCGUCCAUCGACUUCCUGGAGGGCGGCAGCACGCAGGAACUGUCGCCGCGUGCCUACGAUUUCUGCGGCGCCGAGUGGCGCUGGCCGCCGAGCUGCAGCAUGGACACGGCCGACUGCGAGUACGCCGUGCGCUGGGAGCUGCUGGAGGCGAGCGACGAGGUGCGCUUCACCGUGCAGAGCGACUCGGACGAGCACUGGACGGGGGUCGGCUUCUCGCGCACGCCCAACAUGCCGUCCAGCGACGUGGUGCUGGGCUUCGUGGCCGGCUCCGGCCGGCCGCUCGUGCUCGCCGGUUGGCUCUCGGGCCACCUGCCGCCCAUCACCGACUCGCGCCAGGACAUCUUCAACAAGACGGGCUCGCUGCGUGACGGACGCCAGGAGUUCUCGUUCAUCCGGCCGCGCCGGACCACUGACGCCAAGGACGUGUCCUUCACGGACGACCAGUGCCUCUACAUGCUCUUCCCGAUCAAGGGCGGCAACUUCUUGCGCUCUUCGAAGCGAUUCGCGAAACACAAGCAGACGCCGAUCGUUUCCUCCGAGAAGAUCUGCAUCAAGUCGUGUGCCAGCCUCGAGCCGCUGCUGGACAAGGACGGCAAGCCACUGCCGCCGCCGCCGCCGCCCAACGUUGAGUACGACGUGGAGCUGAAGCUGCGCGGCCUCGGCGACACGUACAUGCUGCCGACGCCCGAGUCCGAGGAGUUCGAGGUGCUGAGCGAGCGGAUCCGGCGUGACGUCAUGUCCCUGCUGGAGACGGUGCCCGGCCUGAAGAGAAUCCGCGUCACGCAGUUCCAGGACGAUUCCGGGAACGUGGUGGCACACAUGAGCGUCCAGGUGGACCGUAAGCGGAUGGCUAAGGAGCUGAAGCGCGUGGAGGGCGGCGAGGAGAAGCCG